GAGAGAGAGAGGAGCGAGGACGCACAGAGGAGCUGACGGAGCAUUAAUGACAUACUGGCCGGUUAGAGUUACAGGGAUGCAGUUUUAGCCACAAUCCACCACUGUUUCAAGCUCCAAUCUGCGGACUUGAGCGCGCCGAGCACUGGGAACAAUUUCGCCAUUUGACAGAGGCUUAUAGUGGAUUAAUUUAUUCUCAACAAUGGGUUUGGGACGAUUUGACGUGAAGACGCCGGGGACAGCAGAGCUCCUCGCCCGCUCAGUCCUUUGUAUGAUCGGACUAUUACUCACUUUUUCUCAGCCUGUCUGUGAGGCGUUCAACUUGGACGUGGAGAGCCCAGCUGUUUACAGCGGACCUGAGGGGAGCUACUUCGGAUACUCUGUUGACUUUUAUUUGGCUGAUUCUGCCAGUGCAAGUGUGGUAAUAGGAGCGCCAAAGGCCAACACAUGGCAGGUAAAUGUUACGGAGGGAGGAUCGGUCUUCUACUGUCCAUGGAGUUUCAACCAGUCAGAUUGUCAUACCAUCGCGUUUGAUCCUGAAGGGGAUCGCACUGUCUUUAUCAAUGACACAGAACAUAAGAUCGAUUUCAAGUCCCACCAAUGGUUCGGCGCCACUGUGCGAUCACACGGUGACACAAUUCUGGCCUGCGCCCCCCUUUACUCCUGGAGAACGGAAAAGGAUGACCCCCGCUCUGACGCUACAGGAACAUGCUACCUCUCAGCGCAUAAUUUCACAAAGUUUGUGGAGUAUGCUCCCUGUCGAACAGAGAUCAGUGAUGCGAUGGGACAGGGCUACUGUCAGGGAGGAUUCAGUGCUGACUUCACAACGGAUGGCAAAGUGGUAUUAGGAGGACCAGGCAGCUACUACUGGCAAGGUCAGGUUAUCUCUGCAGCUAAGGAGGACAUCAUUAAAGCAUACUACCCAGGCUAUUUCAUGCAGUCUGUGGAGAACCAGAUCCAAACCAAACAGGUCCAGGCUAAACAUGACGACAGCUACCAAGGCUACUCAGUUGCUGUUGGGGAAUUUAGUGGCGAUCAGGUGGAGGAUUUUGUGGCUGGCGUUCCAAAAGGACUCAAGCUUUACGGUUCGGUGUCUAUCCUGAACGGUACAGAUCUGAAGACCAUGAUUAACUACACUGGCGAGCAGAUGGGAUCAUAUUUUGGCUAUGCAGUGGCAACAACUGACAUCAACAGUGACGGGAUGGCUGAUCUGCUGGUGGGAGCACCGAUGUUCAUGGUCCGAGGCUCUGAUGGGCGUCUGGAAGAGAUGGGCCGGGUCUAUAUUUACCUUCAGCAAGGCCUCCUGAACUUGACACUCCUCCUACCUCACCUGACAGGCACGCAGGUCUUUGGGAGAUUUGGCAGCACCAUUGCCCCGUUGGGAGAUCUGAACCAGGAUGGUUUCAACGACGUGGCAAUCAGCGCUCCAUUUGGAGGUGAGGAUCGGCAGGGACUGGUCUACAUCUAUAACGGAUACUCAGGAGGUCUCAGGGAAAAUCCAUCUCAGGUGAUCGCUGGCCAGUGGGCCGCUGGAACUUUCCCUGCCAGCUUUGGAUUUGCUCUCAGAGGUGAUAAGGACCUGGACAUGAAUGGAUACCCAGAUCUCAUCGUUGGUGCGUUUGGUGUUAAUAAGGCAGUUCUCUACAGAUCGCGCCCAAUUGUAAACACCAGUGCCACUCUGACAGUUCACCCCACUAUGAUCAACCCUGAGGAGAAGAACUGCAUGAUCUCCAAUGGAAACAACAGCAUUCCUGUUUCCUGCGUCAACCUGAGUUUCUGCAUAUCUGCAGAUGGGAAGCACCUUCCAGACAUCCUGGAUUUCCAGGUGGAGGUGCUUCUCGAUAGCCACAAGCACAAGCAGAAAGGGGCGGUGAAGAGGGCUUUGUUUUUGGAUUCACAGCAGCCGUUACAGCAGAAAACUGUGACGGUGAGGCGUGGCGAGCGGACGUGCAACCACACCAAGAUCUACCUAAGGGAAGAGAAAGACUUCAGGGAUAAGCUCUCCUCCAUUUAUGUGGCCUUGAACUUCAGCUUGGAUCCGUCAGCAGCAGCGGACUCCCAAGGCCUGCGGCCUAUCCUCAACUAUCAGACCACCAAUGUGAUCGAGCAGAAGACUCAAAUUCUGCUGGACUGCGGAGAAGACAACAUCUGUGUUCCUGACUUGAAGCUGGCAGUGCACGGGAACAGGAAGGAAGUCUACCUGGGUGAUGACAACUCGCUGACCUUGACUUUCAACUACAGGAAUGAGGGUGAGGGAGGGGCGUACGAGGCAGAGCUGUAUGUGAUCCUCCCUCCUGAAGCUGACUACAGCGGUAUCGCCCGAAAUAAUGAGAGCCUGACCCAGCUGACCUGCAGUUAUGAGACGGAAAACCAGACCCGAUACCUCAGCUGUGAUUUGGGUAACCCCAUGAAGCCUGGUACCGAUCUGUGGGCGGGUCUGCGUUUCACGGUGCCACGGCUGAAGGACUCACACAAAACUGUCCAGUUUGAUCUGCAGAUUCGCAGCAAAAAUGAGAACAAUUCCCACAGCGAGGUUGUCCCCUACAAGCUGGAGGUGGUUGUUCAGGCUGAUGUCAUUCUUCAAGGCGUGUCUCGACCAGAUAAGGUCUUCUUCCCGCCGGCCAACUGGAAAGUGACCAAAACCCAAGAGGUGGAGCAGGACGUCGGGCCUGCAGUGGAACACAUCUAUGAGCUUGUGAACAACGGGCCCAGUCGGAUCAGCCACACCCACCUCGAACUCCGCUGCCCCCUCAGUGUGCAGGGCCACACCAUCCUUUACCCACUGGAGUUCUCCACAGAAGGCCCCAUCAACUGCACGGCCGACAAACACAUGAACUACCUACACCUCAAACUCCAGCGCACAUCCACAGAAGCACCGAUCCUCGCGCUAAAGGCUCACGAUCACCGAGUCGAGAGGAGAGACGUCAACAGAAAUCAACUUGCUCAUUUGACAAACUUGUCCUGUUCUAACGCUGAGUGCUGGACGCUGCAGUGCAAAGUCGGUCUUCUGGAGAAGGGGACUACAGCGAUCCUCAAAGUGCGAUCCCGCGUCUGGGCCGAGACUUUCAUCGAGAGAUCCUACAAGCAGUAUGUGAUGGAGUGCCUGUCCAGAUACAGCGUGAAGACGAUGCCAUACGCCAUCCUGCCCAAACAUUCUCCAAGUGGACACAAAAAGGUGGUGACCCCAAUUGUGUGGAACAAGCCUGAUAUCGAGAACUCGGUUCCUCUGUGGAUCAUCAUAUUGGCCAUUUUGGCUGGUUUACUGCUCCUGGCUCUGCUAAUAUACGUCCUAUACAAGUUCGGCUUCUUCAAAAGGUCUCUACCGUACGGCACGGCCAUGGAGAAAGCUCAACUCAAACCACAGGCUGCCUCCGAGGCCUAGGCGAGCGAACGGAACCACAGUACAUGGCCGUAUGAUUGCAAUGGAGAAACUCGAUGGAUGUAGAGUGGAUCAGGAUGCAGUUGCGCAAAAGAGAGACCACUGGAACUCCACUGUGCUGCACUAGAAGAGACAAAAAUCCAAAGUUCUCCAAGCCAAAUGAAUGUUUCUUUUUCUUUUUUAUUUAUGUUUUUGAUGGCAGGUUGGGAUUGUUACCAGAACAGAACUUUCUCUCAAUGCCUCGAGGCUAACAUGAGACUGAACAUGUGGGAAGUGACUACAGUAGAGGCGCAGGCUACAAUCAAGUCGCCUGUUGGGGUGUCAUUAUGUGGUUUCUUGUGAUGGAGAGUUCUGUGUUAGCCUUGUUUUGGUGCUAAUGAUCUGAUGCUUUCACAUGUAGCAUGAGGCAGCCAGGAGCUGUGAUUUAUGCUGCCAGCUGAGGCCUGAAAGUAUCUGCCUGGUGUCUCCUGAACACGGGGUUUUAUUGACAGAAGAUCAGUAAACAGGUUUCAGUUAAAAAUGCAAAGUCAGCCCAAAGCAGAGGUUUAUUACCUGCCUAGAGUUUCAGGCCGAAUCCAGUGAUAACUCAUUUUUUGUUUAAUAUUUAAGUAUUACGUAAUUCAAUCCCUUUUCUGCUUCUACUCUUGCCUGAUGCAUGCUGGGAAAGGCUAACCCAGCACCCCUGCGACCCAUGAGCAGGAUAAAGCGGCAUAGAAAAGCGCACGGAUGGAUGUCUCUGAACUGUUCAUGAUAAUGAUCUCUCUCACUCAGGUUGGUGGGCAGCGCUGGGUUGUUUUUGCACUCAAAGGAAAUCUACUGAUUUAAAUCCAAAGACACCUGAGACUGACUGACUGACUGACCUUCCUUUGAGUUCUUAUUUUUGACUCCUACUGAUGAAUGAAUUUUGUUGGAAUAUUUCUGUCCUGUUUUUGCUCAUGUUCAGAAUUACCAGUGUUAGCGUAGUCAACUGGGAUGGGGGACUGGAACCACCACAGACCUGUGGAACCUCACAGUGGGCCUCGGAGCAUUGUGGUGCUUCUGCAAAAGAGCAUUUUUUUUUGCUGUUUUGACUCCUGCUUGAUUUGGAAACCCACGUGCAAGCAAAUGACUUUAAAAGAAAACCACACAUUUAUAAGCAAUGCUGUGUUGAAGUCUUGAUCCAAAGAGGGGACAAUCAGCUGUUCUGUAAGAGCAGGCAGGAUCAAUGCUUCCUUUUCAAGUGGGAAGGAUCCAUUUUGAGGUCACAGUGUGUGUUGCUGUGUACUCUCGAGUUAUUUCUGAGUAAAAGAAGACCUAUUCUUAGCUUAGAAAUGGCAGAAAUCCCACUUCCAAAAGGGCUGCAGGGACUGAACAUGUAAAUGCUUUGUGUUUUUAUGUACAUAGAUUUGAUGUGCCUUAAAUGUUAAUACUUCAUGCCUGUGGGUUAGCGUUAAGGGAUGUGUGAGUUUGCAUGUAUGUAAGUGUGACUACAUGCAUUUGUGUGAAUGGUAUAUUUAUGAAUGUUUGUUUUCGGUAUGAGCUGGUUAUUAUCCGUCCCACUGCUUCGUCUCGUUUGUCCCCGUCACCUCUGUAGCUUCAGAUGAUAGAGGUAAAGCCAUUCUGUGUGCCUAAUGUUCAUUAUAUCAUAAAGACGGUCAAUAUUCAUGAUUCA